AUGAAUGAAUAUGACAAAUACGGAAAAACGGAAAUAGAUAUAAUGAUGAUGAUGAUGGAUGAUGAUGAUGAUGAUGAUGAUGAUGAUGAUGAUGAUGAUGAUGAUGAUGAUGAUGAUGAUGAUGAUGAUGAUGAUGAUGAUGAUGAUGAUGAUGAUGGAUAA